GCCAUGUGCCAAGCAGUGCGCAUGUUGGCAUCCCAGACGACCGUGCCCACGCAUUACUCGAUGGCCGCGCCGUACGUAGCACCGUCGCAGCCACCAGCGCCGCGACUCAACCUGACGCCACUGAUGAUGGCCGUGAUGAGCGGCAACGACCUCGCCGUCCACGAGCUACUGCACGACCCUUGCGUGGACGUGAACGAAGCCGAUGCGGAAGGCAACACGGCGAUCUUCCUCGCGUGCGGAGCUAGACAAGAAACCAUAGUGCUGCAGUUGUUAGCCCAUCCUGGCCUCGACCUCGACCAUUCGAAUCAUGAAUUGGCCACGGUGUUCCACAUCGCGUGCCUCCAUGGGUUGGUGGACACGGUUCGCUACCUGGCGAGUCACGCUCAUGUAUUUAUCAACCAAGGCAAUUGUGUGGGGAACACGGGGUUUAUCAUUGCAGCAGCCCACAACCACGUGCAAAUAGUGUCGUAUUUGCUAGAGCACAAUUCCCUCGAUGCCAAUCAAGGCGACGACGUACGUUGCCACGCCUGGAUUGAAGAUAUAUAUAAUUAAAUAUAUUUGUAGAACGGCCUCACAGCAUUCAUGGCGGCGUGUGCCCGCGGACAUGUCGACGUGGUUCGACUUAUGAUGACGCAUCCCAGCGUUGACGUGCAAUGCCGAGAUCAACGCAACUUAUCAGCGACAGACAUGGCCCAAAUGAACGGACACCAAUCGGUGGUGGACUUGUUGUUGACUGUACUGCCGUCUAACUUAUAAUUUAAUCCCCUAAUGUUAUUGAACGGUCGUC